AUUCCUGCGCCGGGCUGGGAGGAGAGCAGAGAUCCAGCCGGGCUUCUUUGCUGGGGGUCAGGCAGGCCCCAUGGGCUCCUACGUGGGAGUGGAUGCGGCUGUCUUCCCGUCCGGACGGGGUACGAAGAACCCGGAGAAGCCGACGGGCCUGGAGCAGAGCAGAGAGACGGUGAAUAUCAAGGACAUGGAGCUGAAAGAGGAAUGGCAAGAUGAUGAAUUUCCCCGGCCCCUUCCGGAAGAGGUCUCCGAAGAGGACUUUGAAGACUGCAGCUUAGACCUCAGCCCAGCCGUUGCCCCCAACACCCUGGAGCUGUGCGGCCGCCGGCGGAUGAAGAAACGCCUCCCCGCCCCCGAUCUCGGCGAGGGCUCCGUCAAGUCCGGCGAAAUCCCGCUGCACACGCCGGACGGCAGCCUGGACAUCGACGUCGACGAGCUCGAGACACCGUCCGACAGCGAACUGCAGGAGGGCUCUGAGAACGGACAUGAAUAUGAGUGGGAAGAUGACCUCCCCAGGGCUCAGCGCCUGGACGACAGCCUGUCUGAGAAAUUCUGCUCCGACCGCGUGGUGGACUUCAAGAGCCCGGAUGGGCAGGCGUGGCGGGUCUUCCGGUUGGACGAGAGGGAACUGAAGGUGGACUUGCGUGCCAUCGGGCCCUACAAGCGGGUCAUCUCUCACGGAGGCUACCAUGGCGAAGGCCUCAAUGCCAUCAUAAUGUUUGCCUCCUGCUACUUACCGGAGAACACCAUCCCCAAUUACCCCUACGUCAUGGAGAACCUCUUCAGCUACAUCAGCAGCACGCUGGAGCUGAUGGUGGCGGAAAACUACACACUGGUGUGCUUGAACGGGGCCACCCCGCGCAGCCGGGUCCCUCCUUUCGCCUGGAUCAGGCAGUGUUACCAGACCAUCGACAGGCGACUCCGGAAGAACUUGAAGUCCCUGAUUCUUGUGCAUUCCACCUGGUACGUCAAAGCGGUGAUGACUGUGCUCAGACCGUUCAUCAGGAAAGGGGUAUAA